CUGUGAUCAGUGCUAUGAUGGAGAACAGUGUGGAGGCCAAGUCCUGCAGUGUCAGUGUUCUGUCCUGGGAACAGGUGAGCCGCCUGGACCAUGUGCUGUCGGAAGUGGUACCAGUACACGGUCGGGGGAACUUUCCCACGUUAGAGGUGCGUCUGAAGGACAUCGUGUCGCGUGUGCGCACCCGUCUGGAGCGCAGCGGAAUCAGGGUCAAAGACAUGCGCCUCAACGGCUCCACCGCCAGCCACGUACUGGUUCAGGACAUGGGCUGGAGCUACAAAGACCUCGACGUGAUCUUCAGAGUGGACCUGCCCCACGAGGCUGAGUUCCAGCUCAUAAAGGAGGUGGUGCUGGGCACACUGCUGAACUUCCUGCCUGAAGGUGUGAACAAGGACAAAAUCACGCCCAUGACACUGAAGGAGGCCUAUGUGCAAAAGCUGGUCAAGGUCCACACAGAGCAGGACCGCUGGAGCCUCAUUUCGCUUUCCAACAACAACGGACGCAACGUGGAGCUCAAGUUUGUGGACUCCAUUCGCCGGCAGUUUGAGUUUAGCGUUGACUCAUUUCAGAUCAUCCUGGACUCAAUGUUGUCCUUUUAUGACCUGUCGACAGAGCCCAUGUCCCCGGAGGUCCACCCAUGUGUCCAGGGCGAGAGUGUGUAUGGGGACUUUGACGUUGCUCUGAGCCACCUCAAAAACAAACUGAUCGCCACCAAGCGCCCUGAGGAGAUCCGGGGUGGGGGCCUCCUCAAAUACUGCAACCUGCUGGUUCGGGACUUUCGGCCGGCCGAUGAGGAGGAGUUCAAAGCCCUGGAGCGCUACAUGUGCUCCCGCUUCUUCAUCGACUUCCCGGACAUCAGCGAGCAGCAGCGCAAAGUGGAGGCAUACUUGCAGAGCCACUUUGUGGGUGAGGAGAAAAGCAAGUAUGAGUACCUGAUGCUGCUGCGGCAUGUGGUGAACGAGAGCACAGUGUGUCUGAUGGGCCAUGAGAGGAGGCAGACUCUGCACCUCAUCUCCCUCAUGGCCUUCAGGGUGCUGGCUGAGCAGAACGCCAUCCCUGACGCCUCCUGUGUCACCUGCUACUACCAGCCUGCUCCAUAUGUGCGAGACCACAACUUCAGCAACUACUACGUGGCCAACCAGAACAUUCCCACGUGGCUGCCAUGUAACUGAGCACGCCAGACGAGAACGGACGCUACUCCCACUUCACAUUCAAGGGAAGAAGUUUAAGAAAAAAAUCUCCCAAAAAUGUAGGCAAUAAAUGCUUUGUUUCUCAAGGCUCAAAUCUAUUUAAGUGGACACGUGUUUGCUUUGUUUUUGGGCUCCUUUCUCAUUCCUUUACACAGAGCGGUCUCGGCCUUUGGACAAAUUUAAUAUUUUUAAGUGUUAUUUACCCUUUUUCCCCUCCCAUUUUUCAACUCAUUUGUUUGUGUUUUCCCUACUCUUAAAAGACCUGUGUUGUGCCUUAACUUCCAAGUUUACCCCCAAUAUAUUUUGUUUUGGGAAUUGUUUUGUGAGGAAGAAAAGUGAAUGAAAUGCCUUAAAUUUGGUUUCUCCUGUGG